GAGAAAGAAACGCAACAUUGUCUGUCUUCGUCUCCAACUCUACUACGACUACGUAAUCAUUGGGAAAAUAUCAGCGAAUUUUGCAACAAUUUCAACACCAACUGCAACAACAACAACAACAACAACUGCUAAAGUAAUUGAGCAAAAGACUCUUGCCGCACACACAAACCAUCAUGGUAUCUCGAAGAAAAAUUCUAUCACGUUCACGGGAUGAUCUAAAUCUUGACCAGACCUUUACGCAACAGGAGGAAGAGGAGGAUGUCUGGUAUCAAAAGGAUAAACUAUACAAGGAACACAUCCAAGAGGUGUUGGACAAAUGGACGCAAAUCGACGAUGAAAUCUGGGCCAAAGUUAUAGUCUUUGAGCGUAAUCGCCGUGUGGCCAAGGCAUAUGCUCGCGCCCCAGUGCUGACUAUUAAUGGCUCUGAUGAUGGCUUCGAUGGCAUGCGCAUUGGACUUUGUGGCUUUGACAAUCCCAUGAGAGAUCAGAAAACGGAUGAAAUGAAGCGCAUCAUUGGUCAGGGUGUCAAAAUCAAAAUGGACGAUGCUGGAAAUAUACUUGUACGUCGCUAUGCCAAAAGCAAUGUCUAUGUGAAGAGCACAGCAAGUCAACCCAAUGAGGAGACAUCGAUUGGUGCCGAAAUCUUAAAGCUGCCAAACCAGGCGCUCGAAAGCGAAAAAAUAGUCAAGCUAUUCGACAUGAAAAAGUUUCAAUCGAAUGUGAAUCGUGAACUGCGUCGUGCCUAUCCAGAUCGUCGCCGCUUGGAGACGCAAUGCCUAUCGGCAGUGGCCUUUGUCAAGUCAGAGAAUGACAUUUUGGAGUGCCCCAUUUGGGUGCUUAUUGUUAAUGUGGUAGCCAUGGAUAUGCUAAAGAGCAAACUGCCACCAGUUCAACGUCCAAUUGUAGAUAUUAAGAAUCGUCCGCGUAUACCCAUACCUGAUGAGGAUCCCUAUAGUGUGGCUGGCAAUGGCAGUGGCGGUAGUUCGGGUAGUUCUGGCUUUGGCAGCAGCCACCAACAACAACAGCAGCAGCAACAACUACAUCUUCUUCAGCAACAGCAGCAGCAACAACAACAGCAUCUGGGUAAACAUUUGAAUAAUGGAAAUGGUCAUGUUGCUGCCACACGAGAACAAUUGCUAAUCCAAACGCAACAAUUGGCUCACAAACGCAGCGAGAAGCCACCCAAAUUGCCGCCCAGGGAUAAUGUCUAUAAUGCCCACGAUAUGAUUCCAAAGCCGGACUACGAUGACAUUGAUUUGGAAACACGCAUCAAAUUGUCACGAGGCAAAUCCGACAAGGGCAAAGAUAAUAAGAAAUAUGACGAUCCCUACUAUUGUGGUCUACGGGCUCGUGUGCCAAACUUUGUCAAAUCAUCCAAAUCAAAGGAUCAAAGGGAUGGCAACGGCAAUAACAUCAGUAUGACCAAUAAUAAUGGCAAUGUUGGCAUCACAACGCUUAGUCAGAAGAAGACAUCGAUCAUACAUGGCAUGCAUCCACAUCAUAUACAACAGCAACAACAAUUGAUGGCAGCGGCAGCGCAUGCUGCUCACCACCAACAACAGCAACAACAGCAUCAUCAUCAUCAGAUUUGGCAGACUCGCAGCUAUGAGAGUGGCAUAGAUUCCGAGCUUGUUGAAUCACCAUACAAUCACAUCUAUGGACGCCAUUUACCGCUGCCAACACGCGGCUAUGUGCCCACUCCACGCAUGUUUAUUGGGGAAUGGGACUGAGUGACAGGAUCACUCACAUCCAGGCACAAUCUUAUCUAUUUGUAUGAUUAAAUAUAGAGAAACUAUUUUAAUUAAUCAGCUGACGAGUGCGGCACUCGGACAAAACAAUCAAUUCAAAUCAACGAAUCAAUAACAAUAUACAUAUAUAUCUUGAUUCUAGCCUUAUUGUUUUUGUUUUCUCUGAGUG